ACUCUUGUUUCGUCAUGCUGACUUAUCACUGGCCAACAGCCUGACUGUCGUUUGUCCACGACUCGCUCGCGACAUUGACUGAUUGAUGCGGAACCUAUAACGACGAGCUUUAUCUCGAGACAAAAGAACCACCAAAGCGACUGUACACACCGAUAGAGUCGCCGGAGACGAUGCAAACGAUCUAAGAUGGCGAGCCCAGAUGGUGGAGCUGCUCCAGCUUCCCUCGACGAUCAUCACCGCCUGCUCGACGAUGCAGGAGAAUCGAUAUCGGGCAGCUCCCACAUCGGGAGUGAUGCUUCAGACGACUCUUCUGAACGGGGACAAUGUCGCUGGCGGACGUCUCGCUACCACGAUAUGGAGUGCUCUCGCUUUUUCGACUGCCCUACUCAUGUAGUCGAGAGGCACCUCUCUGACGACGAGGCCAACGACAGUGAGGCUGAGGAGGAGCCCGCAGUGCAGCAUCAGACGGGCGACGAUAGGGCCGAAAGUUCAUCAAGCGCGAGGCUACAUACUGGCGAUUCUCCCGUGCCUGGAGAAACUCCAGAGCCGGUCGCAGCACCAAGCUUUGCGCCCGGGCCCGAGGAGACGAAUACGGGGCGACCAAGAGAACCAGUAGAUUCAGCACAGGCAACCUCAGCACGGGAUACUGAAGGGCCUGAUGAGUCUCAGGAUCCCGAGGAAGCCGCACCGGCACCGCCAACCCCCUUAAGCUCUCGACUUUCAGAGACUUCUCAACCUCUCCCACCGACUGCAACGCCUGCAACGCCGACCGGAGAGUUUGUCCCACCGGAAAGAUCAUCGAGCUUGGUUACAUCGCAAGCGGCAAACACAUCGUCACACGACUUGCCUCUGCGCCCAGCUCUAUUAUCUAGUCGAUCUCACGAGUCGCCGCCUCCGCCGCCACCCAGGCGAGCGAGUUCCUCGACUGCUAUUCAGCCUCCUUUGCGCGGUCAACAAGGAUCUGGAGAGAGAAGCGGUCCUCCCGAGUUUGUCGUCCCGCGUUGGCAACCAGAUGCAGAGGUUGUUCUUUGUCCGAUUUGCAACGUACAAUUUAGCAUAUUCGUCAGGAAACAUCAUUGCAGGAAAUGUGGAAGAGUCGUCUGUAACGCCUGUUCGCCUCACAGAAUCACCAUUCCUUACCAGUACAUUGUUCAAGCGCCAGGACAACCGCGGCUGGCGGCCCAGAGAUACCCGUCUUCCCUCAUCAGCGGUGAGGGAGGAUAUGCAGAUUUCAGCAGCCUUGGUGGAGGAGAGCGCGUUCGUCUAUGCAACCCAUGCGUCCCAGACCCAAACACCACACCGCCGCAGCAGCCACUUGGCUCGCCUUCCCAGCUGUCUCCACGAGGAUCACAUUAUAGAUCGCAAAGCAGCAUCAGCACAAUGUCCAGCAACGCCCCGGCUCCCUCGCGUUUUUCGGGCUACUUCACGUCGAGUCCCUCCCCGGAGACAUAUGCAAGGUCUAGAAGCAUUACGCACUCCGGCUCCGGCGGGCCCUCGAGCUCUCGCGGACAUUACCAGUCCACUGGAAGUCGGAUUAUGGCAGGGACUCCGCCGACAUACUACCCGUCUUCCUCGUCUGGCUAUCCAGGCUCAUCGCGCUAUCGAUCUAUGCUGGAUGUUGGUCCAUCGUCGUCCUCAUCGGCGCACUACAAUCGCGCACUGCCGCCCCCGCCGCCCCAAAUAGCCGAGGAAGACGAAUGCCCGGUCUGCCAUCGCGAACUGCCCUCUCGCACCCUGCCCAACUUUGAGCAGCUGCGAGAGACACACAUUAACACCUGCAUCACUUCACACAGCGCUUACGGCGGUACACCGACGGGAGAGACCCCUCCAAUUGGAACGCCGCCUCCCUUGGCGGUUCGCCGGACUGGUAUGUUCCCUUAUGUUGCCACAGAAAAGGACUGUGUCGACUCGGCCGAGUGCACCAUCUGUUUAGAGGAGUUCGAGGUGGGGGUUCCCAUGGCGCGUCUGGAGUGCCUCUGCCGUUUCCAUCGAUCCUGUAUCUCAGCUUGGUUCAUCAACCAUCCUGGACGGUGCCCAGUCCAUCAGCAUGAUAGUUUUGGCUAUUGAUACCUCGUGCUGUCGGUUCACUACUUCCCCUCUCGCAGGCUCUGAUCUCUCGGCGUUUCGGUUUGCAUAGGGGCCGUUCAGUUUAACCAAGUCUUUCCUUUUACCGAUGCUUGCUUUCUUUCGUUUUGUUUUCACGGCCAGAAUCCCAUCUCACUAUUGUCCGCCGCAACAACGCUGUGGGAACAGAUAACAUGAGGUGAUGCCGGGAAGCGGUCGUCAUCGUCAGCGGAUGUGAGUAUUUAGAAUGGUCGGGGCUGAUUUGCUUUUGUUUUUGUGGACUGGAUGGUCUCACGGCGCCUCGUUUAUUUUUUUCAAAUACAUGUCAGCCAGUGUGC